AUGCUACUCGACUGUGAUGAUAUCGACCAAUGUUGGGAAAAAUGGAAAGAUGUAUUUCUUACUACCGCUGAAAUGUUUAUCCCAAAAUGUAAGGUUAGAGAUGCAAAGGCACCAAAAUGGAUAGAUGGAGAUGUUAUCAAUCUCUCUAAGUGUAAGAACAGAAUGUGGAAAAAAGCUAAAAAAUCUAACUUAACAAGUGAUUGGGAAAAUUACAGAACUAUUCGUAAACAGCUAAAAACGUUGACUAAAAAGAAAUAUCGUGAACAUCUCGCAACUAUGCAGGAUGAGUUAAAGGAUAAUCCUAGUAAGUUUUGGUCAUUUUACAGAGCCACAACAAAAACAGCCAGGAUACCAAAAAUUGUUCAUCUCAGUGGGGAGAAAGCCUCAACGCCUUCUGCUAAAGCGGACAUGUUCAACAAAUUUUUUGCGUCCGUUUUUCAAAAAUCUGACCAUGGAACAGAGAUAAAUCAUGAUGUGUUUCAUCCUCGAGUUGACGAAUUGCAUAAUUUACAUGUUACUGUUGAAGAUAUCUUGUCUGUAUUGAAGGCCAUUAAUCCUUCAAAAGCUAGUGGACCUGAUCAAAUUCCUGGACGGAUUUUAAAAGAAUGUGCAAAUGAGAUUGCCCCUUCACUUACACAAAUAAUAAAUCUUUCCCUUCGAAUAGGAAUGUUACCAAAGGAAUGGAAAUGGGCAAAUGUUGUGCCAGUUUUCAAAAAGGGUGAUGUUGAAAACGUGACAAAUUAUAGACCUAUCUCUUUGCUAAGUGUAGUGGAAAAAGUAGUGGAACGUUGUGUAUUUGAUAAGUUUUUCCCAUUCAUAGCCAGUCGUGUAUACCAUCUUCAACACGGAUUUAUGAAAGGCCGCUCUACGGUUACCCAACUACUUGAAAUUGUUCACCUUUUAACAAAAUCAAUUGAUGAAAAGGGACAAACGGAUAUUGCAUUCCUUGAUUUUUCAAAGGCUUUUGACUCUGUGUCUCAUUUGUCAAUGAUGGAUAAGCUAUACGCGGCGGGCAUCAGAGGCUCUUUGCUUAAAUGGUUUGGAAGUUACCUACAUGACAGGAAGCAGCGAGUAGUACUUGACGGCAAAUGUUCCGAAUGGCUUGAUGUCACCAGUGGGGUUCCACAAGGCUCUAUUUUGGGACCAGCUCUUUUUGUUCUGUUCAUUAAUGACAUGCCUGAUGUUAUUUCAGAAUCAGGAACGCUCGCAUUGUUUGCUGAUGAUGCGAAGUGUCUACGUACAAUCAAUUCAGACGCCGAUUGCGUGGCUUUACAAAGGGACUUAAAUAAUUUAACUACUUGGAGUGCAGAAUGGAAAUUACCAUUUAACAUUGACAAGUGUACCAUCUCUACAGUAACAACGAAACGCAACCCUGUUUCUUUUAUUUAUGAAAUAGCUAAUUGCGUUAUCAAGAGAGUAAACGAACAGAGAGAUCUUGGAGUCCAUAUAACUAGUAAUGCUACAUUUAAUGAACAUAUAUAUAUUCAGAUAAAUAAAGCGAACAAGAUGCUGGGCUUUAUUAGACGUACAGUUUCGAGGGAAAAGUGCUUAUUACCUACAAUGAAAUCACUGUACUGCGCACUGGUAAGGAGUAACUUAGAGUAUGCUUCUGAGGUUUGGAGCCCAAAAUCAAUCACAUUAAUUAAGAAAAUCGAAAGGGUUCAACGCCGAGCAACACGGAUCUUGUUGCCUGAAUUGGAAUAUGUGGAACGUCUCCAACAGUUUGAUGUUCCUCCUCUUUUACACCGUCGAGAGUUGAAGGAUUUAACCACCUUUUACAGGAUGAAACAAGGUUUAUAUAACUGUAAUGUUGACUCCUACGUUGAAUUCUGCUCAGACACAAGAUUACGAUCAACUGCCCAGGGGAAAUUGAAAACCCCUAAAUGCAGAACAGAACAUUUUAGGGCAACUUAUUUUAAUAGAAUAACGUAUUUAUGGAAUAAUCUACCUGAACAAAUUCGAACUUUCAAUGGUAGUGUGGCCAUAUUUAAGCGUUCUUGUAGAGAGUAUUACAAAACUAUACCGUAUGAUCCUGACCGACCUCGCGUUACUUGGGAUCCAUGA